AUGUCGACUCAAUCCCAGUACGAGACCCACACCGCCGACGGCGACCAGCGCAACGCGCCCGGCCCCAACCCCGAUGUCGGCAUGCACCACGACGACAACCGCAAGGACCACGAGAAGGGCCAGCCCGAAUCGCACCAGUCCCUUGACGCCAAGGACGAGAAGUCGAUCAAGAACAAGCUCGCCCAGGCUGGCAAGGAGGCCAAGGAGGAGGCCGAGCGCGAGAAGGCCAAGCGCGACGAGAAGCCCACCGACGCCGCCCGUGCCAACGGCAACGAGCCCUCGCGCGGCGCCAAGAUCGACGAACAGAUCGAGGAGGAGGAACGCCAGAUGCUCAAGAACAAAGGCAUCGAGGUCUAA